AUGUGCUGUAUGCAGGAAGAACUGGACAAGAACCAGCUGACCCUUCUGAAGAAUGCCUUCGACGCUUUCGACCACGAGAAGAAGGGAGUCAUAAGCACAGACAUGAUUGGAACCAUUCUGGAGAUGUUAGGACACGAGAUUGAUGAUGAUUCCUUGAAAGAAAUCAUAGCUGAAGUUGACGAGGAUGGUUCGGGAGAAUUGGAGUUCAGUGAGUUCUGUAAGCUGGCAGCGCAGUUCCUCACAGAAGAUGAGGAGCCUGACAGUGAAGCCAUGACGGCCGAGCUCAGAGAGGCCUUCAGAUUAUACGACAAAGAGGGCAACGGCUACAUCACGACAGACGUGCUGCGUGAGAUCUUCAUGGAGCUGGACAGCUCAAUCCCGAAGGACGACCUGGACGCCAUGAUUGAGGACAUCGACUCUGACGGUUCGGGCACAGUGGACUUUGAGGAAUUCCUUGAAGUCAUGACUGGUGAAUAAACUUCAACAGUCGAAUUUAGCUUUUAAGUCUACUAGUUAUAAGUCCUUUUUCCCAUGUUAGUAUUACUUAAACUUAUAAUAAUGUUAAUGCUUAAGCUAAACAAAG